AUGGUCCAUGAUAGCCAACCUUUGAAGAACUGGAACGGCGGAGCAAAGCCCUCUACUCGAAAGAGAAAGACUGUGGACGUCUCAUUCCCUUUGAGCCAAAACCAUGAUCCUGCCAGACAAAAGAGAGCCAAGACAUCAAACGCAAGCCAAUUCCUGGUCGAUGGAUUCAGUCCAAUGAAUCACCUUCCUCGAAUCGUUGCCAACAGACACAGCAUUGCCUCUGUGAGCAGACUAGCGAGACGUAAAUCAGUGGAUGUCAAGGGUCUCAUACUGCAAUUGAUUGAUGAGAUAUAUCCACCUCUGGUCUGUCCAGAAUGUUGUCAUGUGAGCACAGCACGCUCAGAAGCCGAUCAACAUUUAAAAUCAAAACAUUUCGGACAAAAGGUAUUCAAAUGUGUUUCCUCAGGCUGCACACAAGUAUAUUCAUCUAAAGCCGGACUACGAUAUCAUAUGGAACAUGCUCAUAAAAUAAGUCGCAUAAGCGACAUCAGCCAAAGUCCCUCCUCCAAUAAGAAGGCAGAUCGACAACAACAGGCCAGAACGACUUCGUCGCCAUCAUCAACUUCGAUACAAAAUGACACUAAAAAAAGUAAAAAGCCUCAAUUGUCAGCACCGAUGGAAAACAAGCUCAACGAAGUCUAUCCCCUCACCACUUGUCCUGCAUGCAGCGAGGAAUUCAUAAAAAAAACGCACGUUAUCAAACAUUUGGUGCAAGUCCAUCAUGGGGAGGAGCCGUACAAAUGUGUGGUAUCGGGUUGUAAGCGCUCAAGAACGUAUGCGACAAGGGAAGGUCUGAUCUAUCAUUUGAACAGCUAUCAUGAUAACGCUCUGCAUUGA